CUGAGAAAGCAACCCGGAAGUGAAGGAGCGCUUAUUAUUUCAGCGUGUUGGUUUUAGUCCAGCAGCUCAAAAUGGCUGGAAGCGAGAGCUCAUCACAUCGCGUCCUGAGGAUCAGCCAGCUGGACGCUUUUGAGCUGGACGAUGCCCUGGAGCAGCUCGUCUGGUCCCAGUUCUCUCGAUGCUUCCAGCAUUUCAAACCAGGCCUGCUGACUGGUGUAGAGCCGGAGCUCAAAGCUCUGCUGCAGCUCCUCGUGUGGAGAUUCACCGUGUAUUCCAGGAGCGCCACGGUGGGCCAGACGCUGCUCAACAUCCGCUACCACAACACACUCAUCGCUGGACAGAAGUACAGGUCUCUGAGCAGGCGGCAGAAGCUGUGGUUCGCUUUGCUCACGGUGGGCGAGAAGUGGUUGAAGGAACGUUCUCACAGCUUGUUCCUCAGCCACGGUGCGCAUUCAGGCCUCCAGAGAGCACGUCAAGCUCUAGCCGUGGUUAGCAGCGCAGUUAAAGUGGCUAGCCUGAUCAAUUUCAUGCUCUUUCUUCAAAGCGGGACGUUUCCCACUCUGACGGAGAGGAUGCUCGGAGUGCGGCCGGUGUUCGUCCAGGAUCAGAGCGCCCGCGAGAUCAACUUCCACUACGUGAACCGGGAACUGCUGUGGCACGGUUUUGCCGAGUUCCUCAUCUUUCUGCUGCCGCUGAUCAACGUGUGGAAGCUGAAGACCAGCGUGUCUGCGCUGUUCUCCGUUUCUGAUCAUUCAAACCAGAAAUCUGAGUCUGUCCAACGUCGCGAGUGUGGAAUAUGUGCCGAAUGGCCCAUCAUGCCUCAUUCCAUCGGGUGCAGCCACGUCUUCUGCUACUACUGCGUCAAAAGCCAUACGGCCGCCAACGUCUUCUUUACGUGUCCCAAAUGUGGUGCCGAGGUGACCGCCUUACAGCCGGUCAAGUUUCAAAUCGAAAUGGCGGAAAUGCAACAGACAUGAUGGUUUAAAAAAAAAAACCAGUCGUAGACUGUAACCAUAAUAUGAACUUCUGUUCGAAUCCCUGGAGACCGCCUCAUUAAAGACUUGUGCCUUUUUGUUGGCAUGAAAUAUGCAAGAAAAGGCAGGCGAGAGAUGAUCUCGAUGAUGCUUAGUUUCAAAUUAAAACGAUUUCUGUCGUUAAUUUAUUCCUGCUCAUUAAAGUUUGAUGAGGACUCGA